GCCCCCGGCCCCCGCGCCGGCCGAGCCGUCCGCGGCGGAGGUGGCGGGAGAGCGCGCCUUGGAGCGGCUCGGAGCGCCCGGGCCCCUCGUUCUGCCGCCCCGGAGCCCCGUGCCGCGCACCGAGGCCGCCCGCGCCGUCCGUGCGCCCUCCGCGUCCUCCGAGCCGCCCGCCGUCCAGGGCAUCCCCCAGCCCCAGCCCCCGCCGACCCGGGAUGGCCGCAGCCCGCGGCUGAGCGAGCCCGGAGGGGGGGCCCAUGGACCGACCCGCGCCGCGCCCCCCCCGCGGCCGCCCCCUCAGGCCCGGGCCCCUCCAGCCGCCGCGGGCCCUGGCGGCCCGGAUGGCGGUCGCGGCGGCAGGGGCAGGGGCUGGGGCCGGCGCGGGCGGCAGGCGCGGCCACCACUGACGGGUAGUCGGGCGCCCCAGCAGGGCCGGGGCCAGGGAGGAGCCUGCAACCGUGGUACGUGCCCUUGAUUGGAAUCGAACCCGGGACCCUUCAGCCCACAGGCCAACGCUCUAUCCACCCAGAGGUCUUGAGCCUGGGUGGGUUUCCCUGCUGUCUCCCCCUGCCAACUCUGUGACCUUGGGCCGAGGAUGCAGCGCUGGAAGGCAGCAGCCUUGGCCUCGGUGCUCUGCAGCUCUGUGCUCUCCAUCUGGAUGUGUCGGGACGGCCUGCUCCUCAGCCACCGCCUCGGACCCGCGUUAGCCCCGCUGCGCCGGCCACCUCGAACGCUGGACGCCCGGAUCGCCCGCCUGGCCCAGUACCGUGCACUACUGCAGGGCGCCCCGGACGCCGUGGAACUGCGCGAGCUGACGCCCUGGGCAGGGCGGUCCCCAAGUGUGCGCCGUCGGACGGGGCCCCGGCGGCGGCGCGCGCGUGCGCGGUCGGGGACACGACCAUGCGGGCUGCGCGAGCUCGAGGUGCGCGUGAGCGAGUUGGGCCUAGGCUACGCGUCCGAAGAGACGGUGCUGUUCCGCUACUGCGCAGGCGCGUGCGAGGCGGCCACGCGCGUCUACGACCUGGGCUUGCGGCGCCUGCGCCAGCGGCGGCGCGUGCGGCGGGAGAGGAUUCGCGCGCAGCCCUGCUGCCGCCCGACGGCCUACGAGGACGAAGUGUCUUUUCUGGACACGAACAGCCGCUACCACACGGUGCACGAGCUGUCGGCGCGCGAGUGCGCCUGCGUGUGACCCUACCUCACCGGUCCCGGCCGGACAGCACCCACAGUUCCAGCUGUCAAACCUCGCGACAGACUGCCCAUGCGCAGAAGAUGCCGUCGAGGUUUCGGGACUCUCGCGAUAACUGUACAGAGAUAAAGUGUGGAAAGUUGA